GGGGAGGGGGGGGAGAAAUUUCUGAAUUGCCCAAAAAGAAGAGCUAGAGAUCCGCAGCAGCUGGGAAAAGCCGUGCAGCUGGAUCUUCGGGAGGUUUAGUUGUAAGCAGGUGGGGGGGGGGGGGGGGAGGAGAAGGUAGUAGAUCUUGGAAGAGGGGGAUCAGUCUAGCUGUAGGAUAAGACUAUCUCUGGCUAGGGGCCCUGGUGACUGAGCGGAAUCUCCAUGUUCAAAAACCACUUUGAUCCACUCUGUUAAGUGGGCGGGGGGUGGGGGUAACCAGUGUCUUUAAGUCCAAGGGGAAAAGUUGGAGGAGACCCAAUACACUGGAAGGAGAUGGAAAAGCAGGACUCAGAAGGACCAGGAACUGGCAAGAGAUCGAGGAAAGAACACCAUCCCUUCCAGGCGGGGAUUGGUGUUGAGUUGUGGGAAAGAGCUGUGCCAGAGACCCUGCAUCAGGAUACUGGGAUCUCAGAGGAACACCGCCAGCAUUUCCGGCAGUUCUGCUUCCACAAUGCUGCUGGGCCCCGAGAGGUUUGCAGCCAGCUCUAUCUACUUUGCAACCGCUGGCUGAAGCCAGAGAGGCACACCAAGAAGCAGAUCCUGGACCUGGUGAUCCUGGAGCAGUUCCUGGCCAUCCUGCCCCUGGACAUGGAGCGUUGGGUCAGAGGAUGCAGGCCGGAGACCAGUUCCCAGGCCGUGGCCCUGGCCGAAGGUUUCCUGUUGAGUCAGGCAGAGGAAAAGAGGCAGGCAGCGCAGAUGUGGGGACCAUCUAUGAAGAUGGAAGCGAAGUUCUCUCAGGUCGAGGGAUCUCCUUGGGAGGAACAGCAGAGGGCACAAGCCCAGGAGCCUGCCCAGGAUGCUAUCUCAAGUGGCAGUGAAGAGAUGGUGUCGAGCCUUCAUCUUUGUGGAGGAGUGGAAAUGGCUGCCACCCCUGCUGUCCAGUCUCCAGCUUCCUUUGAGGACGUGGCCGUGUAUUUCACUGAGGCAGAGUGGGCCCUGCUGGAUCUGGGCCAGAGAGCGCUCUGCAUGGAAGUCAUGCUGGACAACUAUUGGACUGUGGCCUCUCUGGCAGGGGAGGAUCAACCGAAUGAGGAUGAUGAGGAAGUGCUUCAUCCAUCACCCACUAAAGUCAAGAAUGAAGACUUGAAAAUGGACCUCCAGAAUCAAGGCGGCCCUACGGGGCUUAUAGAAAGCCACACGACUGAGAAGCAGGAUCAGCCCAUUGCUUGCGAAGGGGGGGAUUUCCAAGAAGUAAUUCACAUGGUGGAGAAAACAUACAAGUGCUUGGAGUGUGGCAUGAACUUCUCAGAUCAAACCCAAUAUAAUAUCCACUUGCAAAUGCACAGUGGAAGGAACGCCCAUAAAUGUUUGGUGUGUGGAGGGAUUUUCUUUUGCACAGAAGAGUUCCUUAGGCAUCUGAGCACACACACAGGGGAGAAACCUUUAGAAUGCUCAGAGUGUGGAAAGAGAUUCCGUCACAAUGGUGAUCUUCACCGGCAUCAAAGAAUCCACACAGGGGAGAAGCCUUUUGAAUGCUCAGAGUGUGGAAAGAAAUUCAGACGGAGUGGCGCUCUGCAAGGGCAUCAAAGAACACACACUGGGGAGAAACCGUAUGAAUGCUCAGAGUGUGGAAAGAAAUUCCGUUGGAGGGGCAAUCUUCAAAUGCAUGUAAAAACCCACACUGGGGAGAAAGCUCUUGAAUGCUCAGAAUGUGGAAAGAAAUUCAGUCAGAGUGGUAAUCUUCACCAGCAUCUGAAAACUCACACAGGGGAGAAACCUUUUGAAUGCUCAGAGUGUGGAAAGAGAUUCCGUCGGCAUGGCUUUCUUCUGGAGCAUCUUAGAACCCACACAGGGAAGAAACCUUUUGAAUGCUCCGACUGUGGAAAGACAUUCUGUCACAGUUCAACUCUUCAAAAGCAUCUGAGAACCCACACAGGGGAGAAACCUUUUGAGUGCUCAGAGUGUGGAAAGAAAUUCAGUGCGAGAUUCACUCUUCAGCAGCAUCUAAGAACCCACACAGGAGAGAAACCUUUUGAAUGCUCAGAGUGUGGAAAGAAAUUCAGUAGGAGUGGCAGACUUCACCAGCAUCUACAAACUCACUGUGAGGAGAAACCUUUUGAAUUAUCAGAGUGUGAAAAGACAUUUAGUCAGGUUGACAUUCUUUUUUUAUGAGGUGGUCUUUAUCACGUUUUCAAAAGUUUGUGAAGCAUGUUGUCUUAAAAUUGUAUUUAAAGCUGUAAAAAAGAAAUCUUCUUUCAGACUCCUGAGCACAGCACCUCAUGCCACAACUCAUCCUAUGACUGAACCUGGUGUGCUUUUCCUACCUUCAUGAUGUGGGUCAGUUAAUUGGGUGACUCUGGGUUUAAAUCCACACUAGACUUGGAAACUAUGUGGAUGCCCUUUAGCCAGUCACAUUUUCAGACUAACAUACUUUGGAUGACAGUUGUAAGGAUUAAAUCUUUGUGAGGGGAUGGCUUCUUGUCUUGAUAGGUGCAGAAAUCACAGGCCUUCCUUAUUGAUUGAUAGCUUUUAUUAAAACAUUUACAUUCUGCUUCCCCUUAUGAUUCAGUA